UUCGAUCCUCAGCCAGUUCAAGGGGCUGCUGUAUACUUCCUCCGCAUGAUCCUGCAUGACUGGCCGACCGACGAUGCUGUCAAGAUCCUCUCCCAGCUUGUCGCGGUGCUGGGAAAAGACUCCCGGAUUAUAGUAAUGGACUCUGUAAUGCCCGACCCUGGAGCUGUGCCGCUGCAGAGGGAAAGGGUACUACGUGCACAGGACCUGACUAUGAUGCAGAGCUUUAAUGCCCAGGAGCGGGCAGCGGAGGAUUGGAAAGAGAUAUUCCAGCAAGUAGAUGAGAGAUUGGAGAUAAAGGCGAUUAACCAGCCGAUAGGAAGUGAUAUGGCAUGUAUGGAGCUGGCCUUGAGAGGUGUUGAUUACGGCGAUUGAAUCUAUUGGCGAGUUGGAGAGUUGGAGCAGUGCGGAGUAACGCACGUGAGGGAUCGCCUCUCUUCCUUCGACUAACUGCGUCACUUGAAAUUGAAUUAUUCCUGUCUAUAGCUUAUAUCAUGGCGGACCCUGCCGAUAGUGCUGACGCUGCCCGUCCGUUCCCUUGUAGUGAGUGCUCAAAGUCGUUUACGCGGAGUGAGAAUCUCAAAAGACACAAGCUUGCCCGACACGGUGGUGCUUCCCGGAAGGCCUUCGAGUGCGCCGGGUGUCAUGCCCGAUUUUCACGGAGCGAUGUAUAUAAAAGACAUCGCCUUCGGUGCGGAGCCCAGGAUCAAAUCGGGCUGGCAAGUCGAGGAGAUUCUAGUCCGUCGGAAAUAGCAGAGACCAUCGCCUGUCUAGCCCCGGAGGCCUUGUUGAACCCAGAGCAUGGCCAACUCGACGAUACUUCACACGUCCAGCCUGCAUCUCCGCAAUCUGUGACCCGCGGGGAUACUGCAUUGUGUAUCAAGGCUUAUAUUGAACAUUUCCAUCCAGCCUUUCCGUUACUCCAUCGGCCGACCUUUUCCAUCUCCUCGUCAUCCGAGCUCUUGGUUAACAUCGUGGCAGUUAUCGGUAGUUUAUACUCAACUCCAUUCCUUUCAAGUGAGCUGGAAACAUGUCAAUGGCGUCGGGAUACUUGGAAGCGAGGGAGCAGGCAGCUUCAUGACAUGGUCGCCGCAGAUGGCAGUGAAGCUCGAAAGGUCUGGCUGUUGCAGGCCGGCAUUCUCCAUAUUAUCUACGGGGCGUACUCGAACGACUCCGCUGAUUUUGACGAAGCAAAACGUUUGUUGCGGAUUAUUGUUGACGCCACACGAGAGCUAGGGCUACUGAUACAAGGUAUUGCAGCGCCAGACUUUCUAUCCUCAACAAACGACCUAGUUCACGUUGACUCAGAAACGCCUUACAUGCGGUGGACCUCUUAUAUCAACACGGAGUCGCUCAAAGUCUCACUGUACGCUCUGGUCCUCGUGGACGCCUAUGUUUUUCUACCGUCCAAUGCACGGCCCGUACUCUCGCCAAUGGAGUUUGCGUGGGAACUUCCCUUCCCAAGUGAUCUGUGGGAGGCCCAGAACUCCCAGGUAUGGCUUCAAAGAGUGGCUGAGCAUUUCGGGACACUGUCAGAGGACUACAUAUACAGUCCCCGCCGGAUUGCAACAGCCUCUCUUUCGAUAGCCACCCAACAGCUGAUGUCUGAAUCUCCAAGUCCAGAACUUCUCGCUGCUCUGGCCGCAUCGCCGUUCGCAACAUUUUGCCUGCUUGCAAAUAUAAAUACACUGAUAAGAGACUUCACUCGAUGCUACUACCAAAUGCCCCCGAGCCCAGCUGAUCCAUCCGCCUUCCAUAUCCUCACCCAGGCUCAAAACAAACAAGUCUACAGCGCCAUGAGAGCGAUUUCGAACAUCGCGAAGAACCAAGCAUGCACGAGCGAAAGCCCGCAUUUUCUGCUGUGGAGGGCUAUUGAGAAUCUCUAUUGUUUUGUCAAAAUCAGCCUCUGCCGACCGGACCCCCUGCUUAUCGGCGGGAUUGUGGACAACAGCGUCGUUGCGGGACUGGCGACCUCUACUCAUCUCACGCUCGGGAACUACGUCGCUGUUCGGCGAUCGGCACCAUUACUCCAACCGCAUCUGUGGGGUGAUGAAGGCAUUCUGGCUCUGCUGGCUGACCUUGUCGGUGCGCUGUCCAAGAUAGUCGGCGAGGGAGAAGGCCGAUGCCGUGAACCGCCCUGGGCGACGGCAAGCAGCUAUGGGAUCCUGCUGUGCAUGUGGGCGGCUCUGAGGCGUGCGAGUAAGGAUAUCCGGAACCACAUAGAUACUUUCAACGAGCUUCCUAGGACGUGCGAGUCGUCCAUGCUGAUUUUCAACACGCUUGUUGAGGCCGUGGUGGUGAGUGCUGGGGGAGAGCGAGAUCCGCGGAUCUGGUCUGCGGAUCGCGAUAGCUUUGUUGGUCUGCUUGAGCAGGGGGAGGGACUAUACUUGUCUCUGAUGCAGAGGGUGUGCAGGGACAGGUCUGUUUGGGGUCUUGGGCCGUCCAUGGUAGCCGUCAUAGAGGAGGUUCUGGCUGCUCCCGCGAGCACACUAGCGUGAUUCAAACAAUGUCA